CUGGUGGCGCAGCUGCUGAUGCACGACGCUCUUCUACACAGACCGAGAAAGUUGCUGCUAGCCUUCGAUCUACACGUACAGCCUCUACUGCUCCGCGCCUCAGCCUGCGUCCAGUCACUCAGUUCCUUCCGAAUCUAGGCGAAACCCGUAAGAGCGCUGGUAACACGCUCGACGUGACAGGUGCUGGAGAGAAGCACACAUCUGCUGGGGAACGCACUGCAUCUGGCCAAAAUCCAUUCGAUGACGCGACCGUUCUUUCUGAGAAGCAGGCCCAGCCAGACAGUCCACCAUCAAACCCCUUCGACGAACCCGAGCACAAGUCCAAUGGGUCGAAUGGCGCUGCUGCAGGAGCUCCGGCCACUGCUGCUACCGCGGCUGCCUCUGCCGCUGCCUCGAAGCACGGCCCGCAGUCGUCCUGGGAAGGUAGCGAACCAGCAACUCCAAGAAACGCACACUUUGGCACUGCUGCGGCUAUUCCAGUCGGUGGCCCUGCCAAUGGCCCUGUAGGCCCUCGCCAGCCCAACAACGUUCACCGUGUCCAACUUGACUUCAAGCCGAGCAUGGACGACGAGCUCGAGCUUCGCUCAGGACAACUUGUGCGCAUGCUUCAUGAGUACGACGACGGCUGGGCUCUCUGCAUCCGCAUGGACCGCAGCCAACAAGGUGUCGCUCCACGCACAUGCUUGUCAAAGGUGCCAGUAAAGCCACGACCACAGGGUCCUCCGCCUCAGGGCGCUGGCCCACGUGGACCACCUCCAGGUGCCCGUCCCGCUGGCCCAAAUGGACCUCCCAGUGCGAUGGUGCCGCGCCCUCUCACUCCAACCCAGUCAAGUCGAUCACCAUCACCAUCGGAACAGAGCAGCGAGACCUCGACUACGGCCGCUGGUACCCCGGCCGUGACCCGGAAACCAGUUCCGGGCCAGGCGAUGUAGUGUCUUUCGGACAGUAUCGCACUGAUCGAAGCUACUCUGAUCCUUUCCCUUGCCUUGACGACGAAACGCGUGCAGCUAUACAUGACUAUCUUGCAAUCCGAGGUUGGCACCUCGGCCCUUCCACUUCUCCACCAGCCAAAAACCGCCCACCACUUCAAGAGGUCCCCACUAUCAUCGACGUACCACCUGCACCCGCGACCAAUUCGAACCAGCGCCACAGCGACGGAAGUGCCGGCAGUGCAGGCAGUGUAGUCAGUGCUGUAUCUUCAUCAAACUACAGUCGCACUCAAUCCGAGUUCCGCAUGAAGCGUGUCAACACAGCGUAUCGGAGUCCUUCACGUUCUCCCCUACCCAAGCUUCCGAUGCUUCCCCCUGUCGCGCCUCCCAAGAGUGCGGAACGGAGGACGGUGGGAAUGACCAAGUCUCCUCGGCAAGUCGACCUUGGUGACGUUUCGGCUUUGCUUUCUCCUUAGCACAUGGGCACGGAAUUUUCAAAAUGUCUGCGGCGUUUACUCUAGCUAGCUUGUGCAUAAUGUCUUCUCACUGGUCUGUGGUGGAGGACAGUGGAGUCGGGUGCCUGGUGCAUUUGCUUCCUUGCUCUUGCUUGGGGGUCUUUAUUUUCGAGGCAAGCCCUCUACCGAUACGUUCGGGUUUGGUCUCGUGUGUAGAUUUACCUCGUUACGGAAUGCAAUGAUUUUUGAAAGU